AUGGCUGUGGUUAUAUCGUCUAGCGGUAAUUCACCGGCUUUCGAGGCCAAGAUGACUAUUUAUGUCUUCAUCUGUGUCAUUAUCGCGGCUGUAGGCGGUUUAAUAUUUGGUUAUGACAUUGGAAUAUCUGGUGGAGUAACGGCGAUGGACGAUUUCUUGAAGGAAUUUUUUCCAGUAGUGUACGAGAGGAAGAAGCAUGCGCACGAGAACAACUACUGCAAGUAUGACAACCAGUUCUUGCAACUCUUCACUUCCUCGCUCUACCUCGCAGCUCUCGUGGCCAGCUUCUUCGCCUCUGCCACGUGUUCUAAGCUCGGCAGGAAACCCACAAUGCAGUUCGCUUCCAUCUUCUUCUUGUUCGGCGUUGGCCUCGCCGCCGGAGCUGUUAACAUGUACAUGCUGAUCAUCGGCAGAAUCUUGCUCGGAUUUGGCGUUGGCUUUGGUAAUCAGGCGGUGCCGCUUUUCUUAUCAGAGAUUGCUCCGGCGAAGCUACGUGGAGGUCUCAACAUUGUAUUCCAACUAAUGGUUACAAUCGGAAUCCUAAUCGCCAACAUAGUCAACUACUUCACCUCUUCCAUUCACCCUUACGGGUGGAGAUUCGCACUCGGUGGCGCCGGAGUUCCCGCCCUUAUCCUCCUCUUCGGAUCGUUUCUCAUCUGCGAAACACCAACGAGUCUCAUCGAGCGGAACAAAACAGAGCAAGGCAAAGAAACGCUCAAGAAGAUCAGAGGCGUGGAAGAUGUUGAUGAAGAGUAUGAAUCAAUCGUCCACGCUUGCGAUUUCGCGAGACAAGUCAAGGAUCCUUACAGGAAACUGUUGAAACCUGCUAGCCGACCGCCUCUUGUGAUCGGAAUGUUGCUCCAGCUUUUCCAACAGUUCACUGGAAUCAACGCGAUUAUUUUCUACGCUCCAGUUUUGUUCCAGACCGUAGGGUUUGGAAACGAUGCUGCUCUGCUUUCUGCGGUUGUCACGGGAACUAUCAACGUUCUCAGUACGUUUGUCGGGAUUUACCUCGUCGACAAAACUGGCCGGAGAUUUCUCUUGCUCCAGUCUUCCGUUCACAUGCUCGUUUGCCAGUUGGUCAUUGGAAUCAUCCUAGCCAAGGACUUAGACGUGACCGGUACGCUAGGGCGAGCAGAAGCACUAGUAGUGGUGAUCUUCGUGUGUGUUUACGUGAUGGGUUUCGCUUGGUCAUGGGGUCCUCUAGGAUGGCUAAUCCCUAGCGAGACCUUUCCCGUGGAGACUCGAACCGAAGGGUUCGCAUUGGCGGUCUCGUGCAAUAUGUUCUUCACGUUCGUGAUCGCUCAGGCCUUCCUAUCGAUGCUUUGUGGGAUGAAGUCAGGGAUAUUUUUCUUCUUCAGUGCUUGGAUCGUUGUGAUGGGACUUUUUGCACUGUUCUUCGUUCCCGAGACAAAAGGAGUCUCGAUCGAUGACAUGAGAGAUAGUGUGUGGAAACCGCAUUGGUACUGGAAGAGGUUUAUGCUUCAGGAGGAUGAGCAUGACGUCGAGAAGAGAACUGCUUGA